GGACGGACGGACACAGAGAGAGAGAGAGAGAGAACCUCAGAGGGAGGAAGGAGUGAGUGAGUGAAUGGAUGGCUGGAGGAGCCCCUCUCUUCCUCUCCGUCCUCUCCUUCUUUCCUUCUUUCCUUCUUUCCUUCCUUCAACGUGUGAUGCGCAUCGGCCUUCCCGGCAGCGCGUGCCUUGAAUGUGAAUGAAGUGAGUGAGGGACCGAGUGAGUGAGCGGCAUCCUUGGUGGGGACCCCUUCCUCUCUCUCUCUCUCUCUCUCUCUCUGUCCCGUCUUCCUCGCUCCCUUCUUCCUUUCCUGGAUGCCCAGGGGUGCCUUCUGCUCCUCCUCCUCCUCCUCCUCCUCCUCCUCCUCCUCCUCCUCCGGCCAGGAUGCCGUUCCACCCGGUCACCGCCGCCUUGAUGUACCGCGGCAUCUACACGCUGCCCAACCUCUUGGCCGCCCAGGAACAGGACUCGCGGGACGCCCCGGACAUCCCCGAGGACGAGCUAGAAGAGAUCCGCGAGGCCUUCAAGGUCUUCGACCGGGACGGCAACGGCUUCAUCUCCAAGCAGGAGCUGGGCACGGCCAUGCGCUCCCUGGGCUACAUGCCCAACGAGGUGGAGCUGGAGGUCAUCAUCCAAAGGCUGGACAUGGACGGGGACGGGCAGGUGGACUUUGAGGAGUUUGUGACGCUCCUGGGGCCCAAGCUUUCCGCCUCCGGGAUCCCCGAGAAGUUCCACGGGACGGACUUCGACACCGUCUUCUGGAAGUGCGACAUGCAGAAGCUGACGGUGGACGAGCUGAAGCGGCUGCUCUACGAGACCUUCUGCGAGCACCUCUCCAUGAAGGACAUCGAGAACAUCAUCAUGACCGAGGAGGAGAGCCACAUGGGCCACGCCGAGGAGUGCCCCGUCGACGUCGAAACCUGCUCGAACCAGCAGAUCCGGCAGACCUGCGUCCGGAAGAGCCUCAUCUGCGCCUUCGCCAUUGCGUUCAUCAUCAGCGUCAUGCUCAUCGCCGCCAACCAGGUGCUGCGGAGCGGGAUGAAGUAGGAGCCGCAGCCGGCGGGACAGGGACGGCGUUCCUCGCGACCAGACCUGUCGACAACGACAACGGCCGGACCGCGGCGGGAGGGAAAACCGGGCGCUCGGCCGCCGUCUUCUCGGACAGACAGACAGACACUCAUCUCGCCCUCGCUAUCUCGGCUUCUCUGCAGAUAGCAUGGCCUCCUCGGGGCGGAUCUCCGGGCCGCCCGCAUGGUGGAAGUGCUACCCUUUCGACGCAUGUCCGACGUGCAUGGAGACUCCCCCCUCCCCCUCCCUCCCUCCCGCCGACCCCCGACCCCCGACCCCUCCCCCCUCCCCCUCCCCCCCUCCCCCCUCCCCCCCCUGCACCCGACCCGGAGUGAUGAUGCAAUACUGUGCGCUUUUAUAACCAGAUAUUUAGAGGUAUAUACAUAAGAUAUUAUAUAUAUAUAAUGCAUAGAGAUAUAUAUAGAUAUAUACAUAUAUUUAUGAUAAUAACAAUAACCCGUUAAGCAA